CUUCCUUCCCGCCCCUCCCAAUCAUCGUCGUCGUCGUCCUCGCCAUCGUCGUCCUCGUGGGCCUCACCAGAGUCAUUUUGGCUCAAACGUUUUCGCUCACGAGCUGCUCGCCUCUGGCCGCCCUCGUCGGCCGCGCGCGCUGGCCGUCCAGGCUGGUGCCCUUGCGACCGCCGGCCAUGGCGCAGCCCGCCCAGAAGAGGGCCAAAACGAAACGGUGACGAAAGGUCACCGGUGCCAUCGGAGGUCAUUAGAUUGCUCGCUCGCGUGGUGAUUCAUGGAGUUUGGGUUCUCUGGCGCGGAAAAACAAGAAGAGGGCCAAGACGGAGAGAGUGUUCCUGUUCUCCUCCGGGUCUGUCAACGAGGGCCACCCCGACAAGAUCUGCGACCAGGUGUCCGACGCAAUCGUGGACGCAUGUUUCGUCGGGGACCCUAAGAGCAAGGUGGCGUGCGAGACGGCCACGAAGGACAACAUGAUCAUGGUUGCCUGCGAGAUCACCACCCAGACCAAGACCGAUUGCGAGAAGGUGGUGCGCGGGGUGGUGGCCCAGAUCGGGUUCGACUCGUUCGAGGACGACCUCUCCAGCGUGGACAGCAAGGGCCUCAGCGACAAGACCUGCGAAGUCCUGGUGCGUAUCAACAAGCAGAGCCCAGGCAUUGCCGGCGGCGUGCGCGUCGGGAAGGAGGACCUCGAGGUGGCAGGGCAUCAUGUUCGGCUACGCCGCUGACGAGACUGAGGAUUGCAUGCCUCUGACCCACUCCGUGGCCACGAAGCUGGGCAAGUCCCUCACCGACGUGCGCGAGAGCGGGGAGCUCUGGUGGUUGCGCCCAGACGGCAAGACACAGGUCACCAUCCAGUACCUGCAGAAGGCCGAUGGCUCCGUAGAGCCCCAGAAGUUCCAUACGGUGGUCAUCUCCACGCAGCGCGCGGAGCCUUCCAAGGCGAAGCGGACGAAGGAGUGUGCGCCGGCUACAACGGCUCCGAGAUGACCGCGCCGAGCAUGGAGGGAAUGAACAAGCUGAUCACAGAGAAAGUGGUGAAGAAGACGCUCUCCGAGAUCAAGCUGGAGAACGGACGGCCCGCCAUCUCCUUGUUCGGCGACUUCACUCACAUGUACAUCAACCCGUCUGGCAAGUUCAUCAUCGGCGGCCCCCAGGGCGACGCCGGCCUGACCGGCCGCAAGAUCAUCAUCGACACCUACGGCGGCUGGGGCGCCCACGGCGGCGGCGCGUUCUCCGGAAAGGACCCCGCGAAGGUGGACCGGUCCGCCGCGUACAUCGGCGGGCAGAUGGCCAAAUCGGUGGUCGAGAGCGGCCUGUGCAAACGCGCGCUGGUGCAGCUCUCCUACGCCCUUGGCGUGGCCAGACCGCUUUCCCUUUAUUGGGAGACCUACGGCACCGAGCAGGGCGCCCUGAGCGCCGAGGACAUCACCAACGUUCUGAAGAUGGAGUUUGACUGCCGCCCUGGCGCCAUUGCCAUGUCACUCGCGCUGCGCGAGCCGAAGUAUCAGGAGACCGCGGCGUACUGCCAUUUCGGGCGCGAACCCGUCACCAAGGACGGUGUGAAAUUCUUCGAGUGGGAGAACGCCAAGGACGUCUCCAAGUAUGGGAAGAUGUCCUCCGACCAGGUUGCCGCGGCGUUGAAAACCAGCAACUAUCUGACCAAGUGGGUGGACUGAGGCGCAUUUGUUGCCUGAUGCAGAUGCCGCCGAGCACGUUGCUUCUGAGACAGCUGCUUAGAAGGUGCUUGUCCUAGCAGGAUGUAUAUCAUAUUGGAAAUAUACGCAGCGAACCUUGUUUUUCCGCCAGACCAUACUUUUAGUGCGAUGUUCCUCGGGCUGGGUUUUGCUCCUGCUUGUGCCCAGAUUCGUGGACUCCGCCAUUCGGGGUCUGCGCGUUGAGCCGCAGACAUACCAUGCACUCGUGGAGUGGGAAGCACCAG